CGCUCUGUGAGGGUGCGGGCCGGCGCGGCGGCAGGAGGAAUCAUUAAAAGAUUCUUACAUCAGUUUCCCCUUUUUCUGUGGACUUAGUGUAAACAUUAGGUAUGUUUAUAUUUUGAUUUAUUGUCUAAAAAUCAAUACCAUAAACCCCUAUCAGCUACAAGAAACGGAGGUAGUUAAACCAUGAGUUGUGGAAAUGAGUUUGUGGAAACAUUAAGGAAAAUUGGUUAUCUCAAAGCUGAUAUUCUUAAUGGAGAAGAUUUUGACUGGCUGUUUGAGAAUGUGGAAGAUGAGUCAUUUUUGAGAUGGUUUUGUGGGAAUGUGAAUGAACAAAACGUUUUGUCAGAAAAAGAAUUGGAAGCCUUUAGCGUUCUUCAAAAAUCAGGCAAGCCUAUCCUGGAAGGGUCAGCAUUGGAAGAAGUUCUUAAAACUUGUAAAACUUUUUAUUUGAAGACACCUAGACUGGAUGACAAAGAACUAGAGAAAUUAGAGGAUGAAGUUCAAACUCUGCAGAAACUAAAGAACCUAAAGAUUCAGCGCCGUAAUAAGUGCCAGUUGAUGACUUCAGUAAAUAGCCACACAUCUCUGAGAUUAAAUGCUAAACAAGAAGAAGCCACUAAGAAGCUGAAGCAAAGUCAAGGACUUUUAAAUGUUAGGAAUGCUAAACUCAGUAGUGAACUUAAGGCCCUUGGUGAUGGAAUUAAUAAAUUGAUGAUGUUCUUUAGACAUUCUAAUUUAGGUCAAGGUACAAAUCCAAUGGUGUUUUUGUCCCAAUUUUCCUUGGAGAAAUAUCUAAGCCAGGAAGAGAAAUGCACAACAGCGUUAACUUCAUACUCCAAAAAGCACUUCUUUCAGGGUAUACAUGAAGUGGUUGAAAGUUCAAAUGAAGAAAAAUUUCAACUUUUAAAUAUACAAACACCGUCUAUUUGUGAUAAUCAAGAAAUCCUUGAGGAGAGACAACUAGAGAUGGCUAGGCUGCAGCUAGCAUAUAUCUGUGCUCAACAUCAGUUAAUUCACUUGAAAACAAGUAAUUUGAGCAUGAAGUCAAGUAUAAAAUGGGCAGAGGAGAAUCUUCACAGCCUAACAAGCAAGGUCAUUGACAAAGAAAAUUUGGAUGCUAAAGUUUCUAGCUUGAACAGUGAGAUUCUGAAACUUGAAGAGCAAAUCACUUAUAUAAAAGAUAAACGUUUGCCUGCUGUGGUAAGAGAGAAUGCCCAGUUAUUGAAUAUGCCAGUUGUAAAGGGAGAUUUUGAUCUGCAGAUUGCUAAACAAGAUUAUUACACAGAAAGACAAGAGUUAGUUUUAAAUCAGCUGAUAAAGCAAAAGGCAUCAUUUGAACUUGUACAACUAUCUUACGAAAUUGAAUUGAGGAAACAUUGGGACAUAUAUCGGCACGUUGAGAAUCUGGUUCAAGAACUUAGUCAAAGAAACAAGAUGCUCUGCCAGCGAUUAGAAAUGUUAACAGAUCCAUCUGUCUCUAAGCAAAUAAAUCCAAGGAAUACCAUUGAUACCAAUGAUUAUUCUACUCAGCGGCUUUAUCAACUUUUAGAGGGAGACAACAAGAAAAAAGAGUUGUUUAUUACCCAUGGAAAUCUGGAAGAAGUGGCUGAGAAAUUGAAAAAAGAUGUCUCUGUAGAACAAGAUCAACUGGCAGUGUGUACUAAAGAACAUUUUUUCUUUCUGUCCAAAGUGAAUAAUGAUGUGGAUGUGCUCAGUAAUGCUUUGUAUCAAGGAGGAAAUCAGCUUUUGCUUAGUGAUCAGGAAUUAAUGGACCGCUUUUACCAAGUUGAAUCCCAGUUGAAUAAGCUAAAUCAUGUCCUUGCUGAUAUUCUUGCUGAUGUGAAGACCAAAAGAAAAGUUUUGGCAACUAAUAAAUUGCAUCAAAUAGAAAGAGAAUUAUAUGUGUAUUUUUUAAAAGAUGGAGAAUAUUUGAAAGAUAUUGUGGAGAAUUUAGAAAGCCAAUCAAAGAUGAAGGUUGUUGGUCUUGAAGAUUGAAAAUUACGGAAAACAAUCUUUAUAUGCUAUGUUUUAGUGUUUUAUGUAUUAGAAGAAGAAUAUAUGUAAUAAAUAUAACUCUGUUUUUAAAUUCAAGGCCAAUGUAUCUUUUCAUUUUAGUGGGUUCAAAUAUAUAGAAGUUGAGCAUCCCUAAUCUGAAAAUCCAUAUUACUC